AUGGCGGCCUCGCAGGCCUCACUCAGGCCCACAAAGGGGAUCCUGAAGAACAAGGGCUCCACGACUUCCUCUGUGGUGGCCUCCAAUGAACUGCAGCCCGAACUCCUGCCCAGCAGGAGUGGGGAUGAACGGAGGAAAAAGUCCCAGAGGUGGGAUGAAAUGAGCAUCCUGGCGACAUAUCAUCCAGCAGACAAAGACUAUGGCUUCAAGGAAAUAGAUGAAGCAAGCACCCCGUACCAUGCAACGCGUGAUUCAGAAGCCGCUCAAGCACUGACCCCAGAUACAUUAGCUAACAAAUCGGCUGCUGCUGAGGGCUCGCAGCCAAAAUAUCGGGUUCAUGAACAGGGAAGAAGCGAUGAAGACUGUGCCUUCUCACCUGAGGAACAAGGUAAAAAGUCUUUAUUGAAAAAAAAGCGACAGUUUGAAAUGAAAAGGAAGCUUCACUACAAUGAAGGACUGAAUAUUAAAUUAGGUAGGCAAUUAAGUUCAAAAAACCUACAUAAUGAUGAGGAAGAUGAAGAAAUGUCAGAGACCGCAGCUGGAGAAAGUAUGGAUAUGAAAGUAUCAAAUCAAGGAUCUACUAGAGGUGACCAAGUGCAAACCAAAUCACAGAGUUCAUAG